GCACAGCCUUGCAGACUGCUCUGGUUACCGUCUCUUACAUUCGCGUGCGCCUCGCUGGAAUGCAGUGGAACCUGGCGGAAGCAGCAACACGUGAUGAGUCGUGGUCUAUCAAUCCUCUCGUUCUCGCUCUCAAUCUCUCCUCGGCGCACUCACAGUCCCCUUCAUGACCGCAUUCCCCCUCUUAGCCCUUUCUGUCGGCCGAAAGCGGGAUGUGAGCGAGCACAUGGGGGCAUCGCAUCGCCCGUUCGCGGCAUCUGCCAACUGCUGGUCUCCAUGGAACAUCUUCACAGCAUGUAUACGUGCCCGGCCGGGGUAGCGCACUCUGCAUGCGCAUGCGAGUCAUUAUUACACAUACAUGUACACUCUGUAUGGCUUGGGUUGGUGAGCAGCCAUUCCAUGCCCAUCUGCAAUGCAUGACACUCUGUGCGAUGCAGAUUCUGCAUGAGGCAGUUCUGAUAAGAUGCGCAAGGCGGCCGGUGCGGUGCCAGGAACAGGAAAUGCAUACAUAGCAGGAGCUGCCGCAGGCUUUGGUCACGGCAUCUUGAGGGCAAA